CCGAGCGGCUCUGCUGAGCGAUGUUUUCGAAGUCUGGAACUGAUUUCGCCUCCUCCGCGCGCUCGACCUGUGGAUGUACUGGAUCUUUCCUUCGCCUCGCGCUUAGACGUGCGACGGUCGCGAGCCGCCUCCUACCUCGCGAGCGCCUCGCAGCCCGCGCUCCGAGCGCCGCCGGCAGAGCGAAGCCGUGAUCAGCACUGCGAGCGCGUGCAGCCGCGUGAGAUUAGCGACGGAGGAGCGCCGCGUCAGUUUCAGAAAGAAAGACAAAGUCAUUCGGGUUUUUUUUUUUUUAAGUAAAUGUGUGUGUGUGUAAAUAAUUUUUAAAAUUUUGGAUUUCAGUCACCGGACUGCCUCGCGUUUUUAUACAAUAUAUUUAUGUAUUUUUCUACCAGGAGUUGAGGAUCUCGAAGCUUGCCUCAAGGAGUAGUGAUUGGCUGCAAGCAAAGUUCACCCACACUGCACCUCCCCCUGCUCACCCGGAGGAGCCCGCAGCAGAAUGAGCAAAGCCUGGAGAUGUGUGCUGGCCAGCUGCCUGCUCACUGUGGUAGCAGCGGCGGUCCCCAACGGCAAUCCUUUUGCAAGUCAGCAGAGUCCCCCUGACCCAUGCUACGAUGACAACGGUGCUGCCCGCCGCUGCAUCCCCGAGUUCAUUAAUGCUGCUUUUGGAAAAGACGUGCAGGUAUCCAGCACCUGUGGCCGCCCACCGUCCCGCUCCUGCAGUAUUGUGGAGCGUGAGGAGCGGCCCACCGUUCGCACCUGCCAGAUCUGCGAUGCCUCAGACCCACGUCGGGCUCACCCCGCCUCCUACCUCACCGACCUCAACUCAGCCCACAACCUGACGUGCUGGCAGUCUGAAAACCUACACAUCUCCCCACACAAUGUCACACUCACACUCUCCCUGGGCAAGAAGUUUGAGAUCACCUAUGUGAGCCUUCAGUUCUGUUCCCCCAGACCCGAGUCCCUGGCCAUCUACAAGAGCAUGGACUACGGCAAGAGCUGGAUCCCAUACCAGUUCUACUCAUCCCAGUGCCGGCGCAUGUACAACCGGCCCAACAAGGCAGUUAUAACCAAGCAGAAUGAGCAAGAGGCGCUCUGCACAGAUGGCCACACUGACUUGUAUCCCCUCUCAGGGGGCCUCAUUGCAUUCAGCACGCUGGACGGGCGACCCUCAGGGAAAGAUUUCGACAACAGCCCUGUUCUCCAGGACUGGGUGACGGUCACCGAUAUCCGUGUGGUCUUCAGUAGACCACAGCUGCCCCGCGAACUGGGCGUCGGGGGCCGCGAGGAAGACCCUGUGGGCCAGUCCACACCAAUGCCAGCGUACUUCUAUGCCGUGGGGGACUUUCAGGUGGGCGGACGCUGCAAGUGCAACGGUCACGCCUCGCGCUGCUUGAAGGACAAGGAGGGUAAGCUGGUGUGCGAUUGCAAGCACAACACAGAGGGACCAGAGUGCGACCGUUGCAAGCCCUUCCACUAUGACCGGCCCUGGCAGAGAGCCACAGCGCGUGAGGCCAACGAGUGCCUGCCAUGUAACUGCAACCUGCAUGCGCGCCGCUGCCGCUUCAACAUGGAGUUGUACAAGCUAUCUGGCAGGAAGAGCGGCGGCGUAUGUAUGAACUGCCGCCACAACACCGCUGGCCGCCACUGUCACUACUGCAAGGAGGGCUUCUACCGGGACAUGGCGAGACCCAUCUCCCACCGCAAAGCCUGCAAAGCUUGUGACUGCCACCCGGUGGGGGCUGCAGGGAAGACAUGCAACCAGACCACCGGUCAAUGUCCCUGCAAGGACGGGGUGACAGGCAUCACUUGCAACCGCUGCGCCAAGGGCUACCAGCAGAGCCGCUCCCCAGUGGCCCCCUGCAUCAAGAUUCCAGUGGUGAACCCCACUGCUGCCGUGAGCAGCACAGAGGAACCUGCAGAUUGUGAGUCCUACUGCAAACCAGUGAAGGGUAAUCUGAAGAUCAAUAUGAAGAAGUACUGCAAGAAGGACUAUGCCGUGCAGGUGAAUGUGUUGGACAUGGAGACCAUCGGGGACUGGGCCAAGUUCUCUGUCACUGUGGUGUCUGUGUACAAGAGCCGUGGAGAGCCACUGAAGCGCGGAGACAACUUCCUGUGGAUCCACAUGAAGGAUCUGGCCUGCAAGUGCCCCAAGAUCCAGAUGAGCAAGCGCUUUCUGGUGAUGGGCACCAAUGACAGUGGGCCAGAGCGUGCGGGUCUGCUGGCCGACAAGAACAGCCUGGUCAUCCAGUGGAGGGACGUUUGGACACGGAGGCUGCGGAAGUUCCAGCGCAAGGAGAAGAAAGGAAAGUGCAGCAAGGCAUGAUGGGAAAGCACCAUUUCCUAGCUCCUGGCGGCUUGCAGGACGGGACAUGCCUAAGAGUGCCGCAUAUACAAAAACUGCCGCACAUACAAAAACUGCAUGUAUCUUGCCUCUUUCAUGGACCGCUUUGUGUAUAUUGUAUUAUUGUUUUU